AUGCUUAAAGGUGCUGCUCCUGUUACUGUUCGUAAUAUACCUGCUCUUAUACCAGCUACUAUCAUGUUUGCUGUUAGUAGUAGAGUUAUACAGAAUAAUAUUAUGAUAUCAUCAUGUUAUAAUGAUGUAUUAAAACAAAAUACUAAUCUUGGACAUAUGUGCCGAACCUUCCUAGCACAGAUAAGAGGAGGAGGAGGAGGAGGAAUACACCCAUUAUCACCAUCUCACGAAGGAGAUAUCAGCAACCCCACUGCCUCUUAUCUAUCAUCACCGUAUGAACAUCAUGCUACAUCUCAUUCUAAUGAGAGGAGGAGAUUCUUCUUCAUUAUUGUCUGA